AUGCGGAUCAAUCUUUUUGUAACUUCUUGCCCACACAGCUGCGUACAACCGGAGUCCGCAAGUCGAUACCGAGACCGCUGCAAGCCCAUUGCUUUACCCUCUUUGACGUUUUACUGUUUUGGUUGCCACCUAAAAAGGAGGAAACUUUUGGGGCGGCGCACGGCAGCUGUCUCCGCUGCUAGAGCAGCGAGGGCGAGUGAAACCCCUGAACAGACUUCUUUGCGUCUUUCACGGAUGGCCUCGAGGUCAGCUUCUCGCUUAUCUACGGAAAACGACGGUGCGCAGACUGAAAGGUUGGCUUCAGCGGCUUCAACCAUGUCCGCACGUUGCGCCAGGCUUUCAGUUGAAGAACGUUCAUUUCAGAAUUCACAGGACGCAGUCCGCGUGGCUAGGGUUGAGGGCUUCACAGUCCCCAGCACAGAAAACCCUUCGUCAUUUGCGGGAUCCCACCGCCAAAGCUUGCUCCAGGGGUUUAGAAAUACUAGGGCUUCAGUCGCCUCUAGAGCUUCGGAACAACCCCAAGAAACCGCUCAUCGUCGCUUUAGAAAUGCCCAAUCCACCGCGUCUGCCAGAGCCUUAGAAAGCCCUGCACAGACUACUGUUCGUCGCGUUAGAAAUGCCCGCUCCACUGAAUCUGCUAGAGCCCUAGAAAGCCCUGCACGGACCACUGUUCGCCGUGUUAGAAAUGCCCGCUCUACUGCGCCUGCCAGAGUCCUAGAAUGCCCUGGACAAACCACUGUUCGUCGCGUUAGAAAUGCCCGCUCUACUGCAUCUGCCAGGGCUGCAGAAAACUCUGAAGUAUGCCGUCAACGGCUCGAAAACAUUAGUAACUUCGAGCUUCUUUGA